AUGACGGACCGCUACACCAUCCACAGCCAGCUAGAGCAUCUGCAGUCCAAGUACAUCGGCACCGGCCACGCCGACACCACCAAGUGGGAGUGGCUGGUGAACCAGCACCGCGACUCCUACUGCUCCUACAUGGGCCACUUCGACCUUCUCAACUACUUCGCCAUUGCCGAGAAUGAGAGCAAAGCGCGAGUCCGCUUCAACUUGAUGGAGAAGAUGCUGCAGCCUUGCGGCCCGCCAGCCGACAAGCCGGAGGAGAACUGA